UCAGCAUAUAUAUUUAUUUUUAAAUUAUGUAAAAUACGAGAAAUUAAUAAAAAAUAGUACCAAAGUGUGUCGAGGUUACGGGAAAUUUUGCAUGAGUUAUCGUUCCUGAAACCGGAAAACCGGUGACGUCAUAGAAGACCAAGCCAGUUCCGCCAUUGUAGUUGUUGUAUAGACGAACGGUAUGGAUUCGCCUGAUUUGAGUGAUUUUGAGGAUAUUCCAGAAGUGUCAUUUUGUUUAAACAUCGAGCCAUAUAUGUACGAACCACAACGGAAACAAGACAACGAUCAAGAUGACUCAGAUUCGUCAGAUCAUAGCGACGACAGUAGUGACUCUAGCCUUGAAAAUGCUAGUCCUGAUCAUGAUGGCAGUACGGAAUGGUGUUCAUGUAAUUUGUGUACACCCAUGCCCACAGAAGAAGAGCGACAAUGUUGCAGAGACAUGAUUAUUCUACAGGAGAAAUUGGAAGACAUAGAAUGUAUUACUCAUCAUGAGGGAUUCAUUGCAAACUGCCUGAAUAUCCAUGUUUUAGAGACAUCGUUUUAUGAAUAUGCCGAUGAACAUGGGGAUGAAGGACAGUCACAAAACAUACAUAGGAUGUAUCGACUUGUUGCAUACAGACGAUUUAUACGAUGGACAUGGAAACGCCUUGGCAAGAAAAACAGGAAAGUCAUUCCAGCUUGUGCUGUAGCUGCAAUUCAUAGGGCAUUUCCAUCCGAAAGUUUCACAGGAUUCCGCUACCCUCGACUCUGAUAUAUGAAUUGAAUCUUCUACACUGACUUGAAAUCACAUUUUCCCUGUCAUAGUUUUCCAUGUUCAUCCUAUGCUGCCAAGAGAUAGAAGGUGGUGGGCGUUCCAUUUCCUGAGCUAAUGCACGCUGUGCCUGCCCAUAACUGCUAAACAUUUGUCUUCUCAUGACAACUUCUUCCAUGAGCUCUUCAAUGUAGUCUGUAAAGACAGGGAAUAUAAAUUCAACUUCUUAAAUUUCUUAUUACAUAUUUGUCAGAGAACAAUGUGAAAUUAAAUGGAAAUGUGAUAUUAA